GCAAAUUCAUCAGAUCAGUGAUAUUUCUCAGUAAAUUGUUUCUCCGUUAUUGCCGGAUAACAGCGGACUCAUUAGCGGGUGGGACGUGCCUUUGAGCCCCGCCCAUAAACGUCACAUGGCCGACGGCCCGCCUACAUAAAGGCGCUGCGUAAACAGACCCCGCAAAACUGUCCAAAGGGGGAGCUCCAGAAUGACAAGCUGGGCCGUAUUUCUCUUGGUUUUCUGGGUUUCUCCGUGCUACCCGCAGGACAUCCCUCCGCGGGACGAUGUCGCAAGGGUGGCCCGGUUCGUCGCCAAUCAGUGCGGCUGGGCGUCGAUGGCGACUAUCUCUUCGCGCGACCCGGUGAAGGGGCAACCUUUCUCCAACACCUUCUCCGUGAGCGACGGUCCGCUCGGCUCCGGGACCGGCGUGCCAUACAUGUACCUGACCCGCUUGGAGAUCUCGGUGCAGGACCUGCAGGUUAACUCGCAGGCUUCUCUGUCCAUGUCUCUGGCUCAAACGGACUUCUGCAGGAAGCAUGCCUACGACCCACAGAGCCCUUUGUGUGCCCACGUCAUCUUCUCUGGAUCGGUGGUGGAGGUAAAUGACACAGAGGCAACGGUGGCGAAAAAUGCCCUGUUUCUUCGACACCCGGAGAUGGCAGACUGGCCUUCUGACCAUGACUGGUUCUUCGCGAAGAUGAACAUCACUCAGGUGUGGGUCCUGGACUACUUUGGAGGGGUGAAGACUGUCACCCCAGAGGAUUACUAUAAUGCCAAGCCCUACAAGCUCCACCUGGAGUUUCAUGGACUUUGACUUAAAGGAGAUUCGUGUAGCUUCAGCUUCAGGGACUGAAAGUGGCAUGAUGCCAUAAAAUGAUACUCGGCUGCAUUUCUCGCACAUUUAGAACGUUAAGUGUUAGAAAUUUCCAGAAGGAACUUUUUUAGAAUUAGCUCUUGAUAGGGGAAGAGGCCUUUUGGAGAAAUUACAUGAGUUAUCUGGAGUCAAAACCACUGCACCGGACUGGCUUUGGUUCUGUUUCCGUGGUAACUGAUCCAUAGCUGUACCACUCAGUUAUGGGAAUCCUUGGAUGUCAUCCUGUCAUUGUUUCAUUUGCUCUAUUUCCUUUAAAGGUAAAGGUGUGCCCCCCUCCCUCCCAGUGCUUUGAGAUUACCUUUAGUGAAGGGGCCUCUUGCUGAUGUUGUGCCUUAACUUUUGCUUAAUAAAGUAAUAUUUAGAUACUU